GCAGUACAUCAGCCCCCCUUCUCUCUCUCUCUCUCUCUCUCUCUCUCUCUCACACCAUUUUUGCAGCAAGCAAGCAAUGGCAUCAUCAGCACUUGAUGACAAACUCACAAACGAAAUAUUCUCCAUUCUUGAAAACAAGUUCCUCUUCGGACAAUAUCAAUUUCAAACCAACAACAACGUCUACUCCCCUGGAAAAGUUAGAAUUCUCAGCAUCGAUGCCGGUGGAGACGCCAUCCUAGCCGCCAACACUUUGAUCCACUUCCAGUCCAUCCUCAGGCGCAAGUCCGGCAUUCCUUCUGCCCAUAUUUCUGAUUUCUUCGACGUCGUCACCGGCGCCGGCGCCGGAGGCAUCCUCGCCGGACUCCUCUUCACUCCUAAAGACGGUGUAUUCUUCACCCCGGAGGAAUCCCUGAAAUUCAUGGUUGAUAACCGCCGCCGCAAGUUAGGCCGGCAUUCACUGUUUGGCCAGCGGUCGAAAGGUGAGAAGGUGCUGAAGAAAGUGUUUGGGGAAAUGACUCUGAAAGACACGGUGAAAUCGGUUCUGAUACCGUGCUACGACCUCAGAACAGGGGCACCGUUUGUGUUCUCGAGGGCAGACGCGAUGGAGAUGGAAGGCUGCGAUUUCACGAUGGCGGGAGUGUGUGGUGCCACGGUGGCAGAUCGGGCGGUGGAAGUCAAGUCAACAGACGGGAGAAGGAAAAUAGUGGCGGUGGGAGGUGGUGUGGGGAUGAGCAACCCGACAGCUGCUGCGAUAACGCACGUGCUGAAUAACAAGCAAGAAUUCCCAUUGUGUAGAGGAGUGCAAGAUUUGUUGGUGGUGUCUCUGGGAAACCCAAGUAGUAGUAGUGGUAUGUCAUCAAAAAUAAUUAAUUCGUCAUUAUUCGUGAAAAUAGCUGGAGAUGGAGCUGCCGACAUGGUUGACGAAGCAGUGUCGAUGGCUUUUGGUGAUGAGUGGAGAGCAAGUAACUAUCUCCGGAUUAAUAGUGUUAACAAUAGUAAAAAAGUGGAAGAGAUGUUGGGAGCAAAGAACAUGGAAUCAGUGUUGUUCAAAGGGAAGAGAUUGGUGGAGAUGACAAACAUGGAGAAAUUGGAGAUAUUUGCAGGUGAAUUAAUCAAGGAGAAAGAGAGGAGGAAUCAGUACUGCAUUUCGCAUCAACACCAAAACAUGUCUAAUUAUUCCCCUAGAUCUUCUUCCUCCGACACCACCACUCUUUCUUCCACCACCUCUUCUUAGCAACUUAUUACUUCAUAUCAAUACACACCUACAUAUUUUUCUUCACUUUUCGAGAGAUAGAGAGAGAGAGAGAGAGAAAGAGCUGAUUAAUCUAUAAGGGGCUCGGCUCGGCUCGAUCUCUAUCUAUGAGAUGAUAUUGAUUAGAUUAGUAGAAUUGGGUUUUGUCUAUCUAAAUUAAAUUAAAUUAGAUGAUCACAGCUUACGCCGACACUUGUACUGUUGUUUCCUGUUGGCUGUCUCUGUUUUUCCUUUUUCCAUGAUGAUGGUUUUUAUAUUAUCAUUAUAGUAUAUAUGUGUUUGUAUUGUUUUGUGUUGC